UCUUUUUUUAGCAGGGCAUACGACUAGAAGUAAAACAGAUACAAUGAAUUUGUGUCACUUUGUGUCAAGCUUUUUGUGUCAACAUAUUGUGUCAUAACUGUACCUCAGUGAUUGCAGCAGGUCAGAAGAGGGCAGCAGUUUUGUAAUUUCUGUUAUGUUCUCUUAAGAAGAUCAAUGAGAGUCAGCAAUUUCGCUUCAUUUUAGCCAUUUAUCCCAAUAUUCUGUGUGAUGGAUAAAAUAAUCAAACAUUUUAUGGUGGUUACAAUCUGGACUUUUUACUGUAAAUGCAUCUCAAACGUAUUGUUAAUACAUGUGGAUGCAAAAUUGAUGAAAAGCUAGGUAGAUGUGGUGAGAUUUACCUCAAGUGGGUGGCACACCCCACAAAGUUUACAGUAAACAUCUCACAUAAUGGUACAGAGUCUCCAUCAACACAAAUGGCACACAGCGCAGACACACUGCUGCUGACUUAAUAUUUGGUGUUUUUGUGCUUCUUCCCAACAAAGUGGAGGCAGCCGGUUUAAUUGAGAGAUUUCAAAAAUGAGGAAACGUUUGAUCCAAAUAUUUGGCUUCUUGAUCACAUCACUGGGAUGGGUGUUUGUGUUGUGUACCAUGGCCAUGGACUAUUGGAGAAUCACCCAGUUAGGAGGACAAGGAGGUUCCUUUAUCAUCAGAGUGGCCUGGUACUGGUCCAAUCUGUGGAAGGAUUGUUUCACUGAUUCCACAGCUGUCACCAACUGCAGAGACUUCCCGGUGCUCUGGACUGUCACCCCUUUCAUUCAGGGGGUACGAGGGCUGCUAAUGUGCGGGCUGACGCUUGGCUUCUUUGCUGUUGUAUUUUGCUUUGUUGGGAUGGAGUGCACUUUUAUUGGAGGAGCCGAUAAAACCAAGGACAAACUGCUUCUUGUUGGAGCAGUGUUUCACUUUCUUGGAGGUGUGUCAGAUAUUUCUGGCUACUGCUUAUACAUCAACAGGAUCGCCAGAACAACCUUUUCUGCCAGUGUAGGGCCUGGGGUCUUACGGUAUGACCUUGGACCUCCCAUAUUUCUGGGCCUGGUGGGUUGCUUUCUCAUCUUUUUAGGUACUGUGCUUUAUGCCGUGACAGUCUGCCGAGUGAUCUGCCCUGAAAGUACAGUGAUAUAUGCCUAUGGAGGAGGCACAUACAUGGCCCCGCGCUCCAGAGGAAGAAACCUUUUUACCGGAUACUACGGACCCUCCAGGCAGUACGGAUCUUACAUGGGCUCAAGACAAUCCAGCAGCUCUAAGAUUUCAAAGAUUUCAAAAACUACGCCGACGAAAAACUCAGAAAGGGAUGCAUUUGUUUAGUAGCAUAUGAGGGACUGCACAAACCUCUGAUUCACUCUGGCCCUCUCACAUACAUGCAUUCUUUGUUCAAAUGCAUAAACGCAUAUGCACAUAUUCCUACUCAUAUGUAAGUAUCCUUUUUUGGUAUAAUUUUUUGACUGACGCCGGAAGUUCUUUCUUAAGCAUUCAGUGACCUACAAACUAAAAACCAUAUCUGCAAGACUUGAGGCCUUUCUCAAACCGUGCCCUCCAUCCACACUCCCACCUCGUCACAGAGUGUACUCUGUUUGGUGUCACACCCACAGCAUAAUGAAGCAUCCUUUGUUAAGACUUCAUUAGCAUCUUCUUGUUUUUCACUAGGAUGUUUCUAAGCUGCUUGGGGUUAUUUAUUUAUUUAUUUUUUUGCAAAGCUAAAUCACCACCUCUACCAUAUUCUAGACUAGAGAAGAGUAUUUUUGAUCUUAAAUACAAUGUAACCCUUAAGCAUUUAAUUGAUGUAUAGCAAUACCAAAUGUCUAUCUUAGUUUAAGCAGUUUACAUUUGUACAAUCAGUAGCGCAGAACAUCUUCCAUGACAAACAUAACAAGUCAGCAUCAGUGUAGAUUCAAAGUGAGAGGGUCUUAUGCACCCAGUUCCUCAAAAGGCUAACCGCUUUGGAAUGGCGCUUCAUGGCGCAGACUCUGUGAGAACGUGCAAACGGAGUGUAAGAAGGCAAAGAGAGGGUCUAGGUGGUAGCUUGAGAAUGGCCCUUGGUCAGCUCAUCCAAACUUAUGGUGCGUUCACUCCACAAAAUGAAGCAGGAACGGUGGUGCACUGAACAGGCAAGUGCGGAAGCCACCUCGAGAUUCUCAGCCAAUCACAGAGCAGUAAAUGACGUGCCUUCCAUUUAAUAUACUACACUCUAUCACACCUGCAUACAUUUUUUAUUUCAUACAUUUUCUUCAGACAUACAUAUUCUUCUUACAUGCUUAAAUUAUAUAUAAUGUUAAAUGUAUGGGUCAGAAUGAAUCAUGGCUUGUACAGCUCAUCAUAUCAGACACAACAAGACACAGAACCAAAUCUGAUUAGCUAACAAUCAGCACGUAUCUCGUAAUGUAGAAAGGAUGAAAACUCUCAGCUUUGACUUCAGCGCAUCAUAUACAUAACUGUAAUCUUUUCUCAUUAUACUCAGUGUAAAAUGCACUGUCUUGCGUUUACUCAUCACUUGUCAACUUUAUUGUGAUUUACCAAAGCACGUAUUACGAUUAAAAAAUAAAUAUGAAUUGAUGUAUAGUUUAAAAAUAAAAUAAAAUAAAAAGUUGUGCA